AUGGUGGGGUUGUGCUUCUCUCUCAGGUCCCGUGACUGGAUGGGGAUGGAGCCCACGGAGACGGACUACCAGGAACAAUUCCAGGCCGCUGUCAGAGUCAUUCAGGGCCUGCCUAAGAACGGGUCCUACCGCCCCCCCUACGAGGUGAUGCUGCGGUUCUACAGCUACUACAAGCAGGCGACAGUGGGCAGCUGUGAGAUCCCCCGGCCUGGAUUCUGGGAUCCCAUCGGCCGGUAUAAGUGGGACGCAUGGAACAGGCUGGGGAAGAUGUCCAAAGAGGAGGCCAUGGCAGCGUAUAUCUCGGAGAUGAAGAAGAUAGCCCAGAAGGUCAUUGACACGAUCCCGGCGGGUGAGAUGUCUGAGGACGUGUUUGGGUUCUUCGAACCUCUCUAUGAGGUGAUACACGACAUGCCCCGGCCCCCCGAGUCCUUCUUCAAGAAGAAGGCUGGCGGCGGGCCGGGCCGGGCUGACGAAGCCCUUGAGAGCAGCCAAGUGACCAGUGACUCGGAAAGUGAAGUCUACAGCGACACCCUGGAGCAGAUAGAGCCUGGUCAGGCUGGUCAGCGCGUGGCCGGGCAGAGCCUUUCCCUAAGCAGUCCUCACAUAGCCAGCCUGCGAGCCGAUGUUGGGCGUGAGUCCCUGGCCCAAGCACCGGAAAGCUGCGGGGAGGGAGAGCUGAGCGAAGGCGGUGGACUAGUCGGGCGGAGCAGCGAUGACCCCAGGCCCCUGAGCACAGAGAGAGAGCUGCCGGCUGCCCUGGGAGCGUGCGGAGCCAGGGGCUGUCCUGAUGCUGACCAGGGAGACGCAGCGAGCGCAGGGCUCCGGCCGGAGCUGGAUGUGCAGCUGCUUGGCACCGUCCGCGCCCUGCAGGACAACAUGCGGAGCGUCUUGAAGAGGCUGAGCCACCUGGAAAGGCUGAGCACCGCGCAGGGGCACGAGUCUGGGUCUGGCCCUCGCCACCCGCUGGGUCCACAGAAGCCGUCCCGCUGGCCACUGGAGGUCUCUGCUCGCACCCUGCUGUUCCUCCUCGCCUGGCCCUUCCUCGUCCAGUGGCUGCUGCGGCGUUUCCAGCGCAGGAAAAGGGGAUUGUUCUCUGUCUGAACGGGCAGCACUGAGCGGAAACCCCAGGAACGCGCUGCCUGGCUGGAGCUUGCAGCUCAGCCAUCGGGACUCAGCACCCAGCAGACCCGCAAUGGGUAACGGAAGUGGUUCCCUUCCCAGGAGCUGGGAAGGAGAACAAUCCAGGCAGCGCUCGCUGGGGGAGCGACGGGCUGUCCCCCAGGUGCCAGGGACAGCUCCUCUGAAGGACAAACCAGUCCAGAAGUGUGGCAAGGAGAGAUCGGAUUCAGCACUUACUCAGCAAGCUCGGAGCCGUCAGCUCGGUCGGGGGGACCCCAGCCUGGGUCUGGCCCAAGCAUGUUCACCUCUGAGACGCCAUUUCACUUGCGGGAGGACAGGGGGACUCUCAUGUGAGACCUGCCAGCAGGCUCCUCUGUCUCUCCCCACUCGCACGCUCAGGUGACCUGCACCACGACAGUGGCAGCAGAUGAAACGCCCCAUUAAAGAAAAACAGCUUUU